ACAGCAUGUUUACGGAGUGUCUCUCUUCUUGUUUUACUGAUUGUAGGGGGCGGAACGUUUGCAGAGUAAAUAUGGAGGGUUCAGUGGCGGGCACAGUGCGGGGCCUCUUCCACCAACUCAGCCUGGAGGGCUCUCCGUUCGUCAUCCCGAUCCCUUUCCUCAAGAAGUCCGAGAAAGACGCCUCAGAAGCAAGCAUGGACACAGACGUACCCUCAGACGACGUCUUCAAGAAAGAGAACACCCGUAGACUUUCCACAGGAAGCGUUGAUUCCGUGAAGUCAGGGACGUCGCUAGCGUCUAGUCAGACAAGCAGUGAGUGUUCUGUGGACGAGAAUUCAGACUUGGACAGUGAUACAGAGACAGAAGAGACCCCCAGCGGGUGUUCGGCUGUCAUGGCCCGACGCCGGCGGUCUUCCCUCAGCAUAGAGUCCAGCGAAGACGGCAUGUCCGAUUACGAGGAGGAUAACAUCCUCUCCGUGUACUCCGUACCGAGCACGACCAGAACAUCCGUCCCGGGCACCCCUCUAUCAGAGACCGACGAACCCUUCGUAAAAAGAGGCGCCACAGAAGUGGUGAAGGAGUACCAUGCAGGCGGAGAGAAGAACGGACUCAGUAUGCACCUAACGGGGACUCACACGGGGAGUAACUCCACAUCCAGAAACAGCUCCUUUGUCUCCAUGCGGACUUUAUAUUCCAUGGACGACAUUGGGGAGCCUAAAGACAAGAAUCGCGGCGGGAACAAAGUGAUGCAGUUUAACAGACUGUCGUUAGACGGCGCUGUCGGUAGAAUAGUGCCCUGCAGUGAAGAGCCUGCCAGUAAACCAGUCGAAUGUCCAGAACCGGAGGAGGACAUCAACGGAAACCGGCCGUACCCGCCCGCCCUGCCGGACCAGGGUUCGUCAAACAGGACAAAGCCGAACUUGAAGUUGAACUUGAAAGGACUUUGCGGGAACGCACCGAUAGGAAGUAAAAACUUAAUGGACGGGAAGUUUCUAAAAUCACCCCCGGCCUGCUUAGAUGUAUCGAGCGAGGACCAUGUACCAGGGUCAGCAUCAGUUGACCUUCGGGGCAGAAUUCCAAGAUGGCCGACCAGCUCGACCGUCACAUCCGGGUUCUCCGAGCUGCUCCUGACCCCGUCUGACCUGACGGAGAUGGACUCAGACGACGAAUCAGACGUCAGCGACUGCGAGGACUUCUUCGACAUGUCUCACGUCGGCGUGUUCCACAACAUCGUGCCGUGUAACGGUCUGGAGGAGUUCGCUCGCAAGUACUUCAACGAAGACUCCCUCUCCUACAAACUAUUCGUGGACAUGGCUCGGCAGAGUCCAGUGGUCCAGUCCAUCGUUGAAGACGAGUUUUUGUGGUACUACAUCUGUUUAUACUGGAGAAAACACGGCCGUCAGCUUCCCGCAAAGUUCAUUCAGUUCAUAGAAUUCUCGAUAGCCGAGUACAUGUUUUCUUACGCGCAGACGAACGACAUGAGUGACAAAGAGACGUACGGUAAGGCGCUAGAGAGGCUCGCGUUCGUCGGAGGCGUCGGUUUCUACAACCUGAUCGGGAUGGAGAUUAUGUCGAUCGAGUCACACCAGCUGAAGGGAGUCACAGACAACAUUGAAGAAUACUCCUUCGGCAUCUUUAAGGGAAACGAACGUAGCUCGGAAUGCACAGGGGCAAGCCUACACGUCUACGACUACUGUAUCUCACUGUGGAUCAGUGGCGAACUCAACAUCCUGAUGGGGAAACUGACAAAAGAAGAGAUGGCGAGUUACCACGUCAUCCACCACUGUGUGGGAACUCUGGAGUACACGCCGAACAUUUGCUCCUUCUCGUGCGGGAUUCUCGGUGAGAGCGCCGAGCCGCUGUUAGCAGCCAUGGCCCAGCGGGCGGCCAAGACGGGGUCCUUCGCCGACGCCGAGGCCUGCCUCAUCGCCAUGAGCGAGAGCAACCAAAUGGAGAGCCUGGUACAUCUAGCUGACGUCAUGUUCCCCAACAAGGUCAUUGACCUCACGUCCCUCCCCACCCUGUCCUCCAUGGGCAUGGCGGCGCUCGUACAGCUCAUCAACGUCUCCAAGUUUCUCUGGAGACUUGAGAUCCUUCCUUCAGAUCUCACGAUCUCGGAUGGAGUCUACGGACUGAUGCGAAGACUUGAGGCAGACCCUUUCCUGGAGAAGGUGGCCCUGCGUAGCGCCGUGGACGGAGACAUGGACGCGCUCUGCCGACUGCUACAUCUCAUACCCGUCCUGGCCGCCAUGAGAUUCAAGGAAGACUUCGGACAGUGCAGUCUCGAUGAGUGCGAGAUAAAAGUCCGCAAAGUCGACCUGUCGUUUAACUACCUAGACAGUGAGGACAUCUUGCGGCUAGCCAAGGUACUGCCUUCGCUGUCGAAGCUGGAGCAUCUAAACCUGUCCCGUAACUGCGUCACGGCUGACGGCAUGUCGGCUCUGACGCGUUCUCUCGCCUAUCUCCGCCACGUCUCCAAGAUAGACCUGAGCAGUAACCGUCUGGGUCCUGACGGAGGGAAGGAGCUGGGCGUUCUCCUCAAGGUCUGCCCUGUCGUCCGCCAUCUUGACGUGUCAGACAACCAGCUCGGAGACGAGGGGAUGUCCGCUAUGGCAGAGAACAUGCCGCACGUCAAGUCUCUGAGAAGAUUCCUGGUCGCCAACAACGGUAUGACCUUCUCCGGGAUUUCCUACCUGUCCCAGGGGCUGGUCAAGGCAACGGCACGGCUGGAGCUCCUGGACGUCAGCGGAAAUGACGUCACGUACGAAGGUGCCCUCGCGCUGGCCGCCAUCUUUCCUCACAUGAGUCACAUGAACGAGGUGAACGUGUCCGACUGUAACCUCGGGGCAGACGGGGCGAGCGCGCUGGCCAAGACCUUCCCGGAGCUGAAGAGUCUGAAGAAGGUGAACAUGAGCCGGAACGCGCUCCGUGACCGCGGCGUGGUGGAGGUUCUCCGGCACGUCAGCGAACUCUCCCCGCCCAUCCAAGUCAACCUCGAGGCGAACGACAUCAAGAGCGACAUGAUCGACCAGAUUGUCAACGAAAUCAGCAACCUGCCCCUCCUGGGCUCCCUGGACCUGAGUCACCUCACCCUCCGGCGGUACGAAGCCUUCGCUCUUGCCUACACCCUCCAGCGGAUGUCCUCGCUAGAGACUCUGGAUCUCAACGACAGCUUCAUCGAGGAGGCAAACUUCGCUCCUAUUGGAGCUAACCUCAAGCACCUAUCCCUCCUCCGCAGCCUGCAGGUCUAUAACAACAGGAUAGGGUGCGCUGGUGCAAUGGGGCUGGCCAGCUCGCUGCCGUUUCUCACACACCUCAUGCACCUCAAUAUCCAGUUCAACUCCAUCCCGGAGUCCGCCAUGCUUGCCGUGACGGAGAACGUCAAGUACCUGCCAUCUCUGGUGUUCCUCGAUCUCGGGUGGAACGCGGUCGGCAACAACGGCGCCAAGGCCCUGGCGGCGUCCUUCUCCAGCCUGCCGCACCUCCGCACGCUGCUUCUCCACUCCGCGCAGAUCGGGGACGACGGUGCCGCGGAGGUGAUCCAGGCGCUGCCGACGCUGUCCAAGCUGGAGGUGCUGGACCUGGCCGUGAAUCAGAUCAGUGACGGCUCCAUCUCGCCCCUGGUGCAGAGUCUGAACGGUCUGCUGCAGCUCCAGAGCGUGGACCUGUCCUUUAACGAGUUCAGUAACGCCGGGAUCUGGGAGAUGAGCGGGGCGGUACGGGAGGACGUCUGUCUGACGGUCCUGCUGAAGACACCCGGGCAGUAGGGACAUCUAGAGCGGACACGUAAUCUCCAAGCAGAUCGUCCGGUGGCCGCAAAGACAGUAUGAAA